AUGCUUCGAUAUGUCUCGCCGCAAUGCUGGCGAUGCGCAAGCAGGACCCUCAGACAUCCAUCUGCUGUCUCAGCAGACCGGACGUUCGUCACCCGAGCACUGAAUCCGAGCACGCGACAAUUCCAUCUUCCUAGACAACGAGCACCACCAGGCGAUGGAACAAGUCUUGUGAUCAAGAGAUGGCGAAGUCAGUUCGAGCAGCUGAAGCCUCCCUCGCCAUCGGCCUUGGGCAAACCUGCAACCGCGAAGACAUACCGGCGGUCACGCAAAUGGCUUCGACGUAUAGUACGUGUUGCGAUUGCCCUGGCCAUCAUAGGAGCCAUAGACAUCUACCUCUACGAUGAGUGCCUCACGCGGUCUGUGAGAACCUUCUACAAUGGUCUCGUAGUUGCGAUGGACUACAAGCUCAACUUUCGCCCGGAUCCGUGGAUUGGUGAUAGCGUUGCCGACUUACAUGCGCGAAGUGCCCAGCAAGUGUUCGACCUGCUGCGACAGAACGGAGGUCUAUACCUAAAGAUUGGUCAGGCGAUUGCCAUGCAAAGCGCAAUUCUCCCGCCGGAGUUUCAGAAGAUGUUCGCAAGGAUGUUCGAUGAUGCGCCUCAGAAUGAUUGGAAAGAGGUGGAGCGAGUCAUAAAGGAAGACUUCGGCAGGAGCGUGGAAGAAGUAUUUGGCGUGAGCUUCGAUGGUGAUGUGACCAAAGGUGUUAUGGAACGGACAGCUAGGGCAUCUGCGAGUGUAGCGCAGGUGCACUGGGCACGGCUACAGGACGGAAGGGAGGUCGCGAUCAAGAUACAAAAGAAGGAGAUCGCCAGGCAAGUCGACUGGGAUCUCUGGGCGUUCAGGGUCGUUUCCCGGAUAUACUCGUGGUACUUCGACUUACCAUUAUACCACCUGGUCCCUUAUGUAUGCGACAGACUAAACGCGGAAACAGACUUCGAGCUGGAAGCAGAGAAUGGAAGGAACAUGAGACGACUCAUUCAGAGCGAGCCACGAUUGCGCAACCGCGUCUAUAUUCCAGACGUCUACCCCGAGCUCAGCAGUAAGCGAGUAAUGACGGCUGAGUGGAUCGAGGGAAUCAGGCUUUGGGAUAAGGAGGGCAUCACCGGUAGCUGGGAAGGAGGCUGGCGUAAAGGCUCGCCAGGAGCUGGCGGAGUCCAACUUGACCCUCCGCCUCCCUCCGUCAAGACCUCGGUGCCGUCGAACGACCCAUACGACGAGAAGCUCAAGCCUGUUCGUGACUCAUGGCGUGGUCGUGACAAGCGUGGUGGACUUGGCUUGUCGCUGAAACCAGUUAUGCAGACUAUGGUUGACCUCUUCAGUGCACAGAUGUUCCUCUGGGGCCUUGUGCACUGCGAUCCGCACCCCGGGAACAUCUUCAUUCGACGCAAACCUAACGGCAAGCCGGAGCUCGUGUUGAUCGAUCACGGCCUUUACAUCAAAAUGGAUCCCAAGUUCCGCAAAGAGUACGCGCUCUUCUGGCGCAGCCUCAUGACAUUUGACAAUGACACCAUCGGUCGCAUCACCCGGGAAGAAUGGGGCAUCAAUGCGCCUGAAAUAUUCGCCUCGGCGACUCUCAUGAGACCGUAUGAGGGUGGCGACCAGAAAGUGAUGCAGGAGAUCCGAAAGUUGUCCAAGAAAGAACAGCGGGAACGACAAUUCGAGAUGCAGCAGCACAUGCGACGGUCCGUACGCAAUAUUUUGUCCAAUCAGGACAAAUUUCCCCAGGAGCUCAUCUUCAUCGGCCGGAACUUGAGGAUCGUGCAGGGCAACAAUCAGUUUCUGGGCUCGCCUGUCAAUAGAAUCAAGAUCACGGGAUACUGGGCUUCGCGAGCUCUGGCGGAGGAUCGAGAUGCCAGUCUGGGACAGCGAUGGAAGGAAUACGGCAGACACAUUCUCUUCAGGAUUGUACUAAUAAGCACCGACUUGGUCUUUUACUGGGCCAAGAUCAGACAGAUGAUUGGCGUGGGAAGAGGUAUGGACGAUGAUAUUGAGGAGAACAUGAAGAAGAUGGCCUCGAGGUGAGCACAUCGACAGACACUACAUUGAAAACCACAGUCACUAACACAUAUUGCGCAGCAUGGGUGUUGAACUACAGCAUGGCGUAUUUGAAGGCUGA